UCUCCGGUGUCCGGUGGCGUGUGCGUGCCGACGCCGGAGGACCCCUCCUCCCUUGCUCCUCCUUUGCUCUUUGCUGUUCGUCGAUUCUCUACCUCCUUGCCGAUAUGUUCGUCGAUCUACGGAAGGGUUACUGUCCGGGUCUCAAAGGUGUUCUCUUUCAAUGGGGUUUAGGAUCUAGGGAUGCUUCGGCGUCGGUGUGGUCUUGUCCGCUCUGCCCUUUUCCAAGUGAGCUUCGGUGCUUCUUUAGACCGGAGGCGAGUCUUGGGCAGAUGUAUGCAGUUGGUGGUGUUGCUCUGUUCAAACUCCGGCUCAUGUGA